AUACUUUGAUUUAAUUGUCAGUAUUCCAGUAAGGAGUGAGUGUGCGGAAAAUAAGCGAUAAAAUUCUAAUUACAAUUAAACAAUUAACUUAUUGCAUUUAUUUUAAAACAUUCUUAGGUCUGUGUAGCGAUUUAAUCAUUCCUAUAUAAGUGUCUGUCAACAAAAUGCUGCAAUCUAUUUGUCGCAAUGCGUUUACACGUAUAUCCAGGACAGUGUCCUAUGCCACUGCGGCGGGGACGGAGGCAGUCACGAAACCAAAGACUGCUAUUGUCAUGUUAAAUAUGGGCGGUCCUACUAAUAUAGAUGAGGUAGGAGAUUAUCUACAUCGGAUCAUGACGGAUCGCGACAUGAUACAGCUACCUGUUCAGGGUAAACUGGGGCCCUGGAUAGCGUCCAGACGCACUGAGGAUGUGCAGAAGAAAUACAUGGAGAUUGGAGGCGGAUCACCUAUACUGAAGUGGACAAAUAGCCAAGGGCAUCUACUAGUACAAGCGUUAGACAAGCUACACCCGGAGACUGCGCCCCACAAACACUACGUCUGCUUCAGAUACGUGCCCCCCUUCACACACGAUGCCUUCACUGCCCUUGAGAAUGACGGCGUGGAGCGAGCGGUGAUAUUUUCCCAGUACCCACAGUACAGCUGUGCCACGACAGGGUCCAGUUUAAAUGCGAUCGCAGACUUCUAUCAGAAUAGGCCAGUACCGAAACACAUAAAGUUUAGCUUAAUAGAGCGCUGGGCGUCACAUCCGUUGUUAGCCAAGGUGUUUGCGGAGCGUAUCAGAGAGAAACUAGAGGUGUUUGAUGAUAAAGUCAGGGAUGAUGUGGUUAUACUGUUUACGGCACACAGUCUGCCGCUCAAGGCGGUAUCCCGUGGCGACACGUACCCCCACGAAGUAGCCGCGACGGUGGCCAACACGAUGAUACAUUUGAACGUGAAGAACCCAUACAGACUGGUGUGGCAGUCUAAAGUGGGACCGUUGCCAUGGUUACAGCCCUAUACUGAUGAUGCUAUUAAGGCAUACGCGAAGCAAGGCAGGAAGCACCUACUGCUGGUGCCAAUAGCCUUCGUGAACGAGCACAUAGAGACAUUGCACGAACUGGACAUCGAAUACUGCCACGAUAUUGCUAAAGAGGCCGGUAUAACACAUAUAGAGAGGGCUGCGACACCGAAUGCUCACCCCACAUUCAUAUCGGCACUAGCAGACAUCGUAGUCAAGCAUUUAUCCGACCGGGAAAAGGUUUCAAAGCAAUUUUUAACAAGGUGCCCCCACUGUGUAAGCGAACGGUGUAGUAGAUCAAAGCAAUUCUUCAGAGAGUUGUGCGGAGAUGUGCUCACACAAACGACUAAUAUCACAGACAGCGAGACACCGCUGAAAGUUGUUAAAAAUUAAAUAAAUACCUUUUAAACAUUUGUUCCGAUAUUUGAAUGUAGAUUGUAUUAGUUUUGUAAGGGUUUUUAAUUGUUGUGUUUGUGGAUUUGUCAGUUUAUAAGGUGACUGGUAAUUAGUGAACGAUAUUUUAAUACGUGAUUGUACUCAUGAUUAUAAAUAAGUUUCUCAAAGAAACUGUUUUUGUAUAGUCAUUAGUUUUAUUUUUAUCACAAUAAACAACAAAAUUUCGAGCGCGCGUGUUUUCGUAUGAUCAGCUGUUAGCAGCGAGGCGUCCGCGCCCGCAUUAUCGGAAGAUUAGUAGGUAUUUUGGAAUAUUACGCGCUCGUGCUAAUGAAAUUUGUUAUUGUGAUAAAAAUAAAACUAAUGUAUAUACAAAAACAGUUUCUUUGGGAAAGUUGUUUGUAAUCAUGAGUACAAUCACGUGUUUAAAUAUCGUUCACUAAUUACCAGUCACCCUAUAUACGCAUCUCGCGCCCCUCUGUAUGGGGGGUAGUACGACUUUGGCAGAAACAAGUAUUUUAUAAGCACCUCUGCCUAUCCUUUGAGGUAUAAAAAGCCAUAAUAUAAUGUGAUUAUAUUGUAUGCACUCUACAAACCAAAAUGACCUCAUUAGCGUUCUAAAUAAAGUACAUAUUUGAAUAUUUUUACAUAAUUACAUUAUUUA